AUGCCUCCUCAAGAAGCUGACAAACGCCAAGCGGCCCGCGAGGUCAUCGACAUCCUCGACGAGAUUUCAGGUCUCCUGAACACGAAACUGACGCGCCAACAACUGUCAUACUGCGUGUCGUUGAUUGAGAAUGGCGUCAAUCCGGAAGCACUUGCAAAUGUGAUCCAGGAGCUGCGGCAACAGUAUCCUGACUCUGGCUACGCAGACGAAGGAGGAAGAGCGUGAUGAUGCUACUAUUGCUCCUAGUUGGGCAAUGACAUAGCCAGCGGCUUGUUCAUGAAGGCGUCGAGCCCCCAUUUAACAAAUAUGAGUGUGUUCGCCAGAGCUCCGGAAUCGGACUUGAGGGUUCCUGAGAAUCAAAAUCGAGGCAUUGGUAAUACACUGUCUCCUUCAUCACGAGGCCGUUCAAGCUUAUUGGGAUGCUAGGAGGGGAAGCAGUGCGAAGAACCUAGCUAUGAGAGGCGUUAGAGUUGGUUCUAGCUCAGAACCAUUGCCCGCAUUUCGGGUCCACGACUAAUGAUAUGAUGAAUUUCUCCUCUC